AUGUGCCGAUGCACCAGAGUGCUUCCCAAAAACCGCGUUCACCAGGCUCAACUCUCAACACCCGUACACCCACUAUACUGGGCAGAUCAAGUGCACGCAAUGCGAUAUAUUUACAUACACUACGUUUCCCGUAUUUACGUUUUACCCAAUUCGGCUGUGUCGGACGCACUCGUGGUUAUGAUACACCCCUACACCCCUCCAUCCGUCGUAAUCCUAAGCCAUGUCAAACUGAAAAAUCUCACUGCUUCACCGGGUAACCCAACUGGUUGGACGAUUUCCCGUACUGUUUCUUUUUUUUUUUUCACUACUGUCCCAAGGACGCAAAGAGGCUUCAAGGUAUAA